AUGGUCACGUCUGUUCAGAGAAAGCUUGAGGCCGUUCACGUCCAGAUCUCAGCAGAAGAACGUGCCUGCAACAAAAUAAGCAAGCAGAAUUUGGAGAGAGCUGUUGUGGCCCUCUCUGAAGACGGGAUUGUCAUUUUGGACGACGCGGUCUCGGAAGAAAGCCUCGACUUCCUGAACACACGCAUGGUCGAUGAGGCGAAGGCUCUCCGUGACGGCUCCUCAACCUGGUUCAAUUACAGCAGCAAGGCCCAGAAUAUUCUGCAACAUAUGAUUCCAGAACCCGAAUACCUCUUACCAGACGUGCACGCCAAUUCCUUUGCGGUGGAUGUAUGCAAAACCAUGAUGGGCCCGAAUCCCGUCCUCAGAUACCAUAAAGCCAACACCAACUUUCCCGGCGAAAGUCGCCAGCCAGUCCAUAGCGAUGUACACUAUGAACAUCCCCGUGCAUGCUUCAGUCUGGCAGUUAACAUCGUCUUGAUUGACUGCUCGCCCGAGAACGGUUCGACCGAAUGCUGGCCGGGGACGCAUAUCAUCACGAGAUUCGCGGAUCAGAAUGGCAUGAAGGGUAUCCACGAACACCUCUUGAAUGAACGAGUCAAGACUCACGGCCCUCCCAUCCAACCCACUGUCAAGAAAGGCGGCAUAAUCAUCCGAGAUAUGAGACUCUGGCACGCCGGCAUGCCUAAUCGUACGGCCGACGAGGUGCGAGUCAUGCUCAACCUCAUUUACUUCGCCGACUGGUAUAGAUGUCCAAUGACCAUCAUGUUCCCCAAAUCUGCGGAAUCAAAGGUGCAGGAGCUUGAGAAGGCGGGCGGCAUCCAGAUUGCCGCCGAGUUUGUGGACCAGCUCGAUCACACAACGCUCGGCCAUACUCAUGAUUUCGGGCAGGAUAACAAGAGGGAGGAAUUUGGCCGGUGGCAUCACAAGGUGGGAGAUACUUCCAAGUAA